GGGGGGGAAAGAGGAAAGGCGGGCGCAGGAAGGGAGGGGGGGUAGGAAGGCUUAAGUAGAGGCGGCGGCAGAGGUGGCGCGGAGUCCUAAGCCGGCGCCAUGGAGAAGGUGAACGAGUUGAAGGAGAAAGGUAACAAAGCCCUGAGCUCGGGGAACACAGCGGAAGCUAUCAAGCACUAUUCCGAGGCCAUUAAAUUGGACUCUUCCAACCAUGUGCUGUACAGCAACAGAUCUGCUGCCUAUGCCAAAAAGGGGGAAUAUCAGAAAGCCUUGGAAGAUGCAUGCAAGACCAUCGAGCUGAAGCCGGAGUGGGGCAAGGGCUACUCCCGAAAGGCAGCUGCCUUGGAAUUCCUGAACCGCUUUGAAGAGGCCAAGAAGACUUACGAAGAAGGCCUGAAACAUGAGCCAGGCAACGCGCAGCUGAAGGAAGGCCUUCAGAACAUGGAAGCCAGGCUGACAGAAAGGAAUCUCAUGAACCCUUUCAACAUGCCUAACCUGUUCCAGAAGCUGGAGAGCGACCCACGCACAAGAGGCUUGCUCAGUGACCCAAGUUACAGAGAGCUGAUCGAGCAGCUCCGCAACAAGCCAUCGGAGCUGGGGACGAAAUUGAAGGACCCGCGGGUGAUGACAACCCUGGGGGUGCUGCUUGGAGUAGACCUGGCCGGUGCAGAUGAUGACGACGAAGCAAUGUCUCCCCCGCCACCCCCUCCUCCUCCCAAGAAGGAACCGAAGCCGGAGCCCAUGGAGGAAGACCUCCCAGAGAACAAGAAGCAGGCUCUUAAAGAGAAGGAGCUGGGGAACGAGGCCUACAAGAAGAAAGACUUCGAGACAGCCCUGAAGCAUUACAACAAAGCGAAGGAGCUGGAUCCAACCAACAUGGCGUAUAUCACUAAUCAAGCAGCGGUCUAUUUUGAGAAGGGGGAUUAUAAUAAGUGCCGGGAGCUGUGCAAGCAGGCUAUCGAGGUGGGGCGCGAGAAUCGAGAGGACUACCGCCAGAUUGCCAAAGCUUACGCCCGAAUUGGCAGCUCAUACUUCAAGGAGGAAAAGUACAAGGAAGCCAUUCAGUUUUACAACAAGUCUCUGGCCGAGCACCGCAUUCCGGACGUGUUGAAAAAGUGCCAGCAGGCUGAGAAAAUCUUAAAGGAGCAGGAGAGGCUUGCCUACAUUGAUCCUCAGCUAGCUUUGGAGGAGAAGAACAAAGGCAACGAGUAUUUCCAGAAAGGAGACUACCCUCAGGCAAUGAAGCACUACACAGAAGCCAUCCGACGUAACCCCAACGAUGCCAAACUCUAUAGUAACAGAGCUGCCUGCUACACCAAAUUGCUGGAGUUCCCAUUGGCGCUGAAGGACUGUGAAGAAUGUAUCCGUCUAGAACCCACCUUCAUCAAGGGCUACACACGCAAAGCAGCGGCACUGGAAGCGAUGAAAGAUUAUACCAAAGCCAUGGAUGUUUAUCAGAAGGCGCUUGAGUUGGAUUCAAACUGCAAGGAAGCCUCAGAGGGUUACCAGCGCUGCCUCAUGUCCCAGUACAACCGCAACGACAACCCCGAGGAUGUGAAGCGCCGUGCCAUGUCCGAUCCCGAGGUGCAGCAGAUCAUGAGCGACCCAGCCAUGAGGCUGAUCCUGGAGCAGAUGCAGAAAGAUCCUCAAGCGUUAAGCGAACACUUGAAGAAUCCCGUCAUCGCUCAGAAAAUCCAGAAGCUUAUGGAUGUUGGUUUGAUUGCGAUUCGGUGAUGAUUUUGACUGCGCCCUCCCUCUCCCGGUUGAAAAGGGCAGCUGGGACUUUUGGAUGCUAGCAGCGCGGUCCAAGGUUGCCUCUCCUCUGUCUGAGGCAGGGACUUGUACAGUCGAGCGGUGUGUCGGUCUCUCUCUCUCUCUCUCGUUCACACAUCCAUGCGCGUGCGCUCACGCCAAACACCCUGCCAGCACAAGGGCUGGCCCGUCGAUCAUCUUGCCCCAUCGCUCUGCCUCUUGGCACUUGUUCCCAUUUGUACGCUGCCCUCUUCUCUCCCCUUCCACCCCUUGCAGUUUUUAAUCCUCUUCGCCGGCAGCUCUGGCGUGGGGGAAGCUCAUCACUUGUUGGUUGUCUGGUUUCUUUUUUCGGCUGUGAGGCUGCAUUUUGUCUGCUGCACACC